ACACAAAAAGGAUACUACCUCCUCCUGUUCUGGUCAUCUCCUAUCCUGGUCUCAUCUGCAACUUUUGUAGCUUGCUACUUGUUUGGAGUUCCUCUUCAUGUCAGCAAUGUUUUCACAUUUCUUGCCUCUAUAAAUCUUGUUCAACAGCCUAUUAGAAAUCUCCCUGAUGUUGUCGGGGCGUUUAUUGAAGCAAAGGUUUCGCUGUCGAGGAUUGUGAAAUUUCUUGAGGAACCUGACAUGCAUACAAGGGAUAUGAAGAAGCAAAGGCAAGAUGGUGUGAACAUUUGUAUAAACUGCACUGAUGUUUCUUGGGAGAUGAAUUCUUUAAAGCCUACAUUAAAGGACAUAACUCUCGAUAUUAAACAUGGUGAAAAAGUGGCUGUAUGUGGUGAAGUUGGCUCAGGGAAAUCUACCCUCUUGUCUCUGAUUCUUGGAGAAGUUCCAUACAUCAAUGGCACAGUUGAUGUUUAUGGAAAGAUAGCUUAUGUUUCUCAGACAGCAUGGAUUCAGACAGGGACCAUACAAGAAAACAUCCUAUUUGGAUCUAAUAUGGAACCACAAAGAUAUCGGCAAGCUAUAGAAAGGAGUUCACUGGUGAAAGACUUGGAGAUGCUUCCAUUUGGUGAUCUUACUGAGAUAGGAGAAAGAGGUAACAAUUUGAGUGGAGGGCAAAAACAAAGGGUUCAACAAGCUCGUGCCCUCUAUCAGGAUGCAGAUAUUUAUCUCUUGGAUGAUCCAUUUAGUGCUGUAGACGCACAUACCUCGACUAGUCUAUUUAAUGAUUAUGUCUUGGGAGCUCUAUCAGGAAAAACUGUGCUGCUGGUAACACACCAAGUUGAAUUUCUUCCAGCAUUUGAUUAUAUUUUGCUAACAUCUAGUGGGAAGAUCAUGGAAUCCGGAACAUUUGAUGAGUUGCUGACAAAGAGUGAAGAAUUUCAGGACCUUGUUAAUGCACAAAAAACUACUUCUGAUCCAAAAUGUCAAGAAGUUUAUGCUACUAAAAGGCCUAAGGAAGCUGAGAUAGAGUUUGAUAAUAAUGUUUCCUCCGAGGAACAUGAUGAUGCAGUUUCUUUAAAAGGAGAUCAAUUAAUCAAAGCAGAAGAACGAGAAGUAGGAGACGCUGGAUUGAAGCCAUACAUACAAUAUCUAAAGCAUAACAAAGGAUUCUUGUAUUUCUCCUUGGCAGUCAUUGUUCACUCAAUGUUUGUAGUUGGGCAAUAUAUACAGAGCUACAAGUUGGCUAUUGGCCUUCAAGAUUCCAGUGUUAGCAGAUUAAAGCUAAUCAGGGUCUACACAGUCACUGGUUUUAGUUUAAUACUCUUUCUGAUUUUAAGAUCCAUAUUAGCGGUAAAGCUGGGGCUUGGUGCAUCAAAAUCAGUUUACUCUACACUGUCAGGCUCUCUUUUCUCUGCACCAAUGUCCUUUUUUGACUCGACGCCUUUUGGAAGAAUGCUUAGUCGGGUAUCUUCAGAUUUGAGCAUUGUUGACAUUGAGUUGCCUUUCUUACUGAACUACACUGUUGGAUCAAUCAUUAUUUCAUACUCUACCUAUGUCAUCCUAUGUUUUUUCGCUCCAGAGGUCCUGCUGGUCAUCGUGCUUAUGAUUUACGUAACUAUAUUAGUUCAGAGAUACUACAAUUCUUCUGCUAAAGAACUGAUGAGAUUAAAUGGAACGACAAAGUCUUUAGUCGCCAACCAUUUAGCUGAAAGUAUUUCUGGGAUAAUGACGAUUCGAGCUUUUGCACAGGAAGGCCGUUUCUUUUUGAAGAACUUGGAGUUUAUUGAUAAAAAUGCUAGGCCAAUUUUCCAUACAUUUUCAGCAACUGAAUGGUUAAUUUUACGUUUGGAGAUAAUAUGCACGAUUAUCAUGUCCUCAUGGAUGCUUGGCAUGACAUCUCUUCAUAGCAGGAGCUCUGGACUUACUGGAAUGGCAUUCUCCUAUGGCCUAUCACUAAAUGCAAUUCUUGUUUGGUGUGUUCAAUGUCAAUGCACAAUAGCAAAUUCUAUAAUCUCUAUAGAAAGACUAGAACAAUACAUGAGAAUACCUAGUGAAGAAUCUGAACUAGUGCAAACAAACAACCCUCUACCUGGUUGGCCUAAGCGUGGCAAAGUGGAAAUUCACGACCUAAAGGUGCGGUACAGGCAAAAUGCUCCAUUAGUUCUUCAAGGUAUUAGUUGUACAUUUGAAGGGGGACAAAAGAUUGGAGUUGUAGGCAGAACAGGCAGUGGGAAAACAACUCUUAUCAGUGCAUUGUUUCGACUAGUUGAGCCUACAGAUGGAAAGAUCAUCAUCGAUGAAUGUGAUAUUUCAACGAUUAGGCUUCAUGACCUUAGGUCGCAUAUUGGAAUUAUUCCACAAGAUCCUACACUCUUUACAGGUUCUGUAAGAUACAAUUUAGACCCCUUAUCAAAAUAUAGCGAUGACGAGAUAUGGGAAGUAAGUUUUAUAUACAUAUAUACAAGUUGUCUCAUUUCUAAUGAUUCUAAGUUACUAACAGAAUUUUGUUGUUUAAAGGUUCUUGAUAAGUGUCAGCUUAGAGAGGCUGUCCAAGAAAAAGAAGGAGGACUAGAUUCCUCUGUUCUACAAGAUGGAUCAAACUGGAGCAUGGGACAAAGACAAUUGUUCUGUCUGGGACGCGCAUUGUUGAAGAGGAGUCGAAUUCUAGUGUUAGAUGAAGCCACUGCAUCCAUUGACAAUGCCACAGAUGCAAUUCUGCAGAAAACAAUCAGGCUAGAAUUUGCAGACUGCACAGUCAUAACAGUAGCUCACAGAAUUCCAACAGUUAUGGAUUACACUAAAGUUUUGGCAAUAAGUGAUGGGAAAUUAGUUGAGUUUGAUGAGCCAAAGAAGUUGAUAAACAAAGAGGGUUCAUUAUUUGUAAUGCUUGUUAAAGAGUAUUGGGCUCGUACAGAAAGCUGA